AUGGAAUGCCGCAAAGCAAGUGCUCGUCUAAACGAGGCUUGUCAUUUGGGCCUUAGGGUACCUUUACCGGCCAGACUCUGUCUGUUGUCCUUGCCUCCUACGACUCUAAAGGCAAGCCAUGCUCUGCAAACAUGCCCAAUUGUUGGUUUUUUUGACAAUCUGCUUGAUGAGAUGCUUCGUAGUGGCGCUAAAGAAGUGGGUAAGGUACAGUUGUAG